GCACGCGACUCCAUAAUGCACGAUGAGCAAGCGCUCAUUCGAGGAGUCCAGGGAAAGCCAGGCACCCGAAACAGAUAGCAAUGGCCUGCUCGCCAUCCACGAUCUGCUUUCGCCGGGCGAUGACCAGGAGCCCAGCACGACCUCGUCUAAGAAGCCUCGGAACUUCAUUGCCACAGUGGCCUGUGAGACUUGUCGGUUGAAGAAGACAAGAUGCGACGAGUCGCGCCCCAAAUGUGGACUGUGCAAGUCCCUGGGUCUGGAUUGUGUUUAUAAUGAGCGCAAAUCAUCAAAACGCGAUCAGUCUCUCACGAUGAUCAUGAGUACUCUGCAUCGGCUGGAGACUAAGUUGGAGAAUAUUCCGACUUCCAUUAUGAGUGAUCUUCAAUCAUUCCGGAGUCAAAUGCGCCGGGUCUCAGAUGUCGCGCAGGAGACGCAUGCAUCGCCUGCUGUUGGCGAAAAUCGCCGCAUCGCAGCUAUGUCAUCUUCCUUCACACCAGCACGGGAGGAGGAUGACUUUGAUUGGGAAGACAAUCAAUCCGCCCCCGAUCCAUCGGGUCGUAUCUCAAUUUCAUUCAGUCAACACGGGGUCAUCGUGUGGCCCGGUGCACGAAGCAUUCUUCCCAAGCAGUUGCUCGCAGCCUACGAAACACUAGGCAAGAAUUAUGUGGUCGAAUUGGAAUCCACUCGCCGACCGUUGCCUAUGUUCACCACGCCUUAUCCUCUGCAUGCGGGAGAGCAAUGGCUCGAAUUGGUGCCCUUAUCCAUGAUUAAGGGUCUUGCAGAUGCGUUCUUUAGCGUGUUCAAUCCGUUUACUCCCAUAAUGGAUAAAAGCUACUUCUUCUCUUUCACUGUUGGCUCGGCCCUUGAAAGUGGGUUCGGAUAUUCGAUGGAAAGCUGUAUCGUUCUAACCGUGAUGGCGCUGGGCUGUCAGGCUGUGCUCGCACACCAAGAAGGAAAUUACCCGCUUCCUGGAGCUACGAGUCAUCGCUUUGAAGCACCGGAGUGGAUGAAUGUUGUCUUCGAAGAACAGCCUGGUCUGCGCUUCUUCAAUGAGGCGCGUCGGCGUAUUGGAUUCUUGAUGUGUGACAAUGAUAUCCAGAGUUGUCAAUUCUAUCUACUUUCCUCUGUAUAUUAUAGUCAAAUCCUUCGUCCAAUGGACGCCUGGGCAAUGAUUCACCGUGCCGCCACGUGUUGCUUGUCAAUGUUAACGAACCACGACGUUAACUACGACGAAUGGGAAGGCGACAUGAAAUCUCGCGUCUACUGGAACUGCUUAAUGAACGAAACUAUUCUCGUGCAAGAACUCCACCUCCCACCAAGUGGUCUCUCCCGACUAGAAGAGAAAGUCCCGAUUCCAAAAUUCAUCGGUUUCGCUGCAACAGGCUACGGAGCGAAUCGCUACCCAUUAUCCAACGUAGUCGACGACUCCUACUUCCAAUACCACUUCCUCGCCCAAGUCGCACACCGAAUCAUCCUAACCCGCAUCCGACACUCCCUCUACUUCUACUCUGAUUCCGGAUCCAUCCCGUUGCCCGCUGUCAACGCCGAACUUCGUCACCAACUCGAACAAUGGCGCAACAACCUCCCACCCGCUAUCCAAUUUCCCGAUACAGGUCUUCCACCCUCACAUUCAACACCUGGAGACCACACAAUGCACCACCCAUCUCCUUCAAUACAUCACCCAUCGCCUUCAACACCUGCUUCUCCACACGUGAUAUCAUCGCCUAGACCAGCUGAUCCUAAUCGUCCGCUAUCGCCUGCACUAGCGGUAACAGAUGCAAUGCUUCGUGGACGAUACAUGAUCGCACAGUUCCAUAUCGGCCGUCCAUACCUUUACAAGGCAUUACGAAUCCCGAAUAAACUCACAGACGACGAUAUCGAACAAAUCAAAAGUGGCCUUCGGCAUGCAAUGGACUGGCCAGUUACGCAAGGAAUCUUCCGGAAGAUGAAGAGUUGUAUCCCGAUUAAAUUCGCUUUUUGUUCGCAGUUCUUCGGCCAAAUCCUCCUGUUCUAUUGCAUCGCACACUCACCCAGUCCCCGUGUGCGUGAAACACUACCACCAGGCUGGGAACGGUGGAACGACGAGAUGAUGCGGUUCUUGGAGGACUGUGCAAGACAUAGUCCGGCCGUUGCGCAGGAUUUGGAACUUUUGCAGACCUUGUGGCCUUGAUGAUGGGAGGUCUUGACGAAUAUUAUAUCCCUACUGUUUUUGCUUUGAUUUAAGG